GAACAGCUGAUUGUGAGCUGAAGCAAACCUAUCGAGGUUUUGUGUGAAAACGUGAAGACAUAAGACUGCUGUUACAGAUCAAUUUGAAAAAUCGUUUCUAAAUUUAAUCUGUAUAAUGGGUUUGAACGACCUUAUGUAUUGGUAUCAGAAAAAGAUAGGCACGUAUGAUAAACAGCAAUGGGAAAAAACCUUGGAGCAACGUUUCAUUGAUCAUUUCAUAUGGAUUCCUAUUACCAGAGCUAAUUUAAAAACAAAUCUCAUAGAUGUUGACCUAGUCAGAGGUUCGUCAUUCCCAAAAGCAAAGCCUGAACAUGGAUUAUGUACUGUUGCUUACUUGGCUGUACGAAGACUGUUGUUACUUCCUAUGCAUAGAACCUGGUGGGUCCAACAGACGAGUCCCAGAAUAUUUGCGCUUUUCUUGCUGCUUUACUGCUUGCAAAUAUUCAACGUCGUAGUCUACUGUUGUUAUUCGAUGAAGAACAAUAGUGAGCCUGAGAUCGUAUCUGCCUUUGAGGUUCUUAUACCAGCUGGCAUGAUGCUGGUAUUAUGUAUGGUGCACUCACAAAUUGUUUCCACAAGCUCGGGUCGAGUAUCGGGACGAAACAGAGAAGAUACUACAAAACCUCGUCGAUCAAAGCGUAAAAGAUGCCAUGUUAGCAAGAAAAGGACACACCUCAAUCCAUUUGCACAUGAGGCUCAAUAUUACCAAUACACGGCAUCUGAGAAGGGAGGUUCAGUUGGCGCAGACAUGCCCUUGUCAGUUAGAUUUGCUAAGAACGUUGUUAUCCAAGAGCCCAGCACCAUAAUGCCUAUUCAGCAAUCACGUAAUACAACCUGGAAAGCACGUCCUGAAAACACAAAUGAAGAAAAAAAUUUAGCCUGCAAUAAAAGUUUCCCUCAAACACCAAUUGUUUCAUUUAAUGCAUCACCAGUGGACAAAAAAGAACUCACGACAGACGUAGUGUCAAACAAUGCCCACAUUCAAAAUGAGACAGAGGCUGUUGGACACCAAGAAUAUAUCCACCAAGAAGACGACGGUUUUGAAAGCUUGAAUGGCAAUGUAUCCAGUGAGAUUGGAGAAGUUGUUACUGAGCAAUUGGCAGUACGAUUCAAAAGCGAUGAGAAAAAAGAAACGGAAGUCGAAGCUCCCAGCUUCCCAGGAAAGUGCAGAAACUGGUACCAGGGUAUGAUUAACGAUAGAAGACAGCUUGGAGAUGUAUCACACCAAUGUAGAUCAUCAGUGCACCUAGCUCGGACAAAAAAAGAACACUAUCUGGAUAACGAGAGGGAGCACGGCAAAAACCCAGCAAGUGAAGUCUCAGGUACAUUUGUUGUGCGUGAACAACAAUGUGAAAGUGAAGAGGAAGGAGAAUGUGAGGAUGCAGCCACAAAUCAUCUCACUGAAGCUACAACAUCAGCAACUGAAUGGAUGGGAGUUACCACAAACAGUGAUGAAGAUUGCAGCUACAGUUCUGAGCUUCAAGAAUCUGAGUCCGAUGUUGGGGUAGAUGUGAACCCUGGAGAAUCUCUGGAGAAUCCUUUCUCUUGGGAAUUCGAAAUUCCGAAAUUCAAGCGUGUCCCUUCCUGGUCGGCGCCAGACAGCGUCUCGUGCACCAUUUGGAAAAAUGGAAAUUUGGGCAAAGUGGAAUUAUCGGUCCUUGAGAUAGCUUCGUUGAUUACAUACAGGGUAGAAGCCAUGCGUGAGAGUAUGGACUAUUUUUACUGUGGUCUAGUUUUCUCUUUCAUACUGUCAUUUAUACCAUCAAUGUGGAGAUUGAGUGAUCAAAUAACAAAAGACCAAGCAAGUAACAUAACUAGCUCGCUUGUUUUGGGGGAUUUAUCUCAAGUCAUUUUGGAGACAUACCCAGAUACUCUGUGUCGAAUUAUUGACAUAGCAUUUGGAACUACACUUUGGGAGCGAACGGUGAUACUUAUAUCGUUUUUUGAACGGUUGACUCUGUCCUGUCUUUUAUUCUUUCUGGUUGCUGUUGCCGAACGAACUUACAAACAACGUCUUAUGUGUGCAAAGUUAUUUUCACAUUUAACAUCGUCAAGACAAGCUAGACAAUCUGAACUCCCUCAUUUCCGCUUAAAUAAAGUGAGGAAUAUUAAAACAUGGCUGAGUGUUAGAUCAUAUCUGAAGAGAAGAGGACCCCAACGUUCUGUUAACAUGAUAGUAUCUGCCGUUUUACUUCUCACCUUGUUAUUGCUGUCAUUCAUCAGUAUGGAAUAUAUAAAGGAUUCGGAAAGCUUACAUUCACAAUACACUGUUGAGGCUCUUUGCUGGAGUUGUGCUCUUGGAAUUUUCAUCCUUCGUUUUAUGAUGCUUGGAACUAAAAUCGACAGAAAAUACAGAAACGUUUCAAUUUUACUAACAGAACAGAUUAAUCUUUACUUGCAAAUCGAGCAGAAACCACAGAACAAAGAUGAACUUAUGGUAGCAAACAGUGUCCUAAAGCUAGCUGCAGAUUUAUUGAAGGAAUUGGAGAGCUCUUUCAAAGUUUCUGGUCUGCACGCAAACCCGUACAUGUAUACUAUUACCAAAGUAGUAAUUUUGUCAGCUCUAUCGGGAGUGCUCUCUGAGCUUCUUGGAUUCAAACUUAAGUUACACAAGAUUAAAAUAAAAUGAUAAAAAAUGUUAAAAUAAUGUUAAUGCAAACUCCCGCAGCCACCUAGAAAAACCAAUAUUCCAAUUAUACUAUGCAAACAGUAGGUACCAUAAUUAGGUUGUAUUUUAAACGAUCGAUUAUCAUCUAGGCUCACUACUCAUCACCAGAGUUUAAUACAUUCGAAGAUGUCCGAAAAAUUGAUAACGUUUGGUCAACAUUCAAGUUAUGAGUUUUUGUUUUUAUUUCGGUAAUUUCUCUAACAAAUAUUUUUUCUAAAUUUUUUCUAAAAUUAAAAUAAAAAUGGAUGAAUUAUCAUCGUUUACAUUAUACAAGAACAGUUCAGGAUUAAUUAUCAUUCGCGCACAGUUUGAUCUCAUAUGAUAUCAAUAACAUAGGUUUACAUUAUAUUUCACAUACAAGUAAAGGAUAGCCAUGAUAUAAUAAAUUUUCCUUCUAGUAUAAUUCGUUUUGUGUUUCUUGCUAAGCAUGUGAAUUUCGGAAAUCUGGGGAUAAAGUAAAGUUUAUGAAAUUAUGUCUUGUUAAUUUUGUGAAUCUGUGAGUACGUAGAAAGAGAGACGAGAUAUAUCUGUAUAUUUUUUUAUAUAAUUAUACCAUUAUUAUUUCUAGCAAAUACUUAUGUGAUCGUGCAAUAGCCAGAUGCACGUAUAUAUAUCAAAAAAAAGUAAACCAAAUACGAAAUUGAUUCAUUUACUAUACAUAUACUCCAUUAAGUUUUAAUGUGUAGAAAUUUAGGUAUAAAUGGUUACUCUAUCUAUGUAAGAAUAAUGUAAACAUGAUUUUAUUGGUGGCCUAAGAGGAUGAGAUUAUUAACAAGAUAAUAAAAAAUCAAUAACCAGAUGAUGAAAAAUCAACAAAAUUCCAAUAAUUUAUAAAUGAAUGGCUGUAGUUGGAAAAUAAACUGAUAAUAUAACGUGGAUGAAAAUUUAAUAGUCGAUUUAUGCAUGAAUGAAACUGAUUGAGAAAUAUGAAGUAGGGAAUACAUCGAGAAAUCAGCACAAUUUCAAAAAAUAAAUACAAACUAACAGAUAGCUAACACGAAUAAUAAAUCUGUAGUCAGAUGAUCAAUGUUUGAUUUAGAUCUGAUUACUUCGUUACUAUUACCAUAGAUAUAUUGAACUCUAUGCUAUUAGUACUAUUUGAUAGAAUUCAAUUAGAAAUAAAUAGAUGUGUACAGUCAUAAAUACAAGUAGGGGAAGGCGGGCUAAAAGAGAGUACUUAAAGAAAGUCCGAGCUCUGUAAAACUUAAAUACGAUGAAACUUCUUUCUCUUAUUUGUAUUCGAAGUAAAUGAGAAAGAUUUUCAGUUGCCAUGAGAUAAAAAUAACAAGUUUCUAAAAUCCAGAAUGAUGUUUGAAAUUCUUUUCGAUCAUUUUUAAAAAAAUGUUUUCAAAAUUUUCGGGGUACCCCAUUUUGCCCUGCUAUCCCGAUUUUCCCCGCCUUCCCCUAUAUAUAUUUUACAAAGAUUCUUAAGUGAUAUUUUAUAUUUAAUGAUGCUCGUCAAAUUGUGACAAUCAGCUAAUAUUUAAAUGUGGUUGAGAGGUCGGUCUUUGCACCGCUGACGAGACGACGAACACUGAUGAUAAGCAUUGGCAAAUCAUUAAAAGAACAUCAAUAUUUAUCGUCAGUUACACGAAUAUCCAGUUUUGCCUACUUCUAAGUUUUGAUCAACUAUUAUAAGUUUCGAAUCAAAUUCGGAGUAUAUUCUUGUAUGGGUUACCCAUUACACAUAUUACAUAUAUUCUAUGCAUAUAUGUAUUUCUGUACCUCUGUUACGUGUACAUAGGUAGAAUCAUAUUAUUAGAUAGAAAACUAUUACGUAUAUACGUCACAGCUAUUAGACAAAUCAUUAAUCUUUAAUAACCCUAAUCAGUAUGUAUAUGUAUAUGUAUGUAUAUAUUGUAUAGGCAUAUUGUACAUGUAAUAAUUACUAUAAUAUACCUAUUGAAAGUUGA